UUUAUCUUAUUCUAAACUAGAUAUAGCUACCUUUGUUGAAUUAAGAAAUGGCUGACGGAUUUGCAAUACUCAUCACCUUGUCGGUGGCUCUGUUAUUUACAUUGUUUAACAUAUCAACUAUUGUAAUUGUUCUAUCAGACAGAAACUUGCGAAGAAAGUCAUCUAACUACCCUAUCCUAAGUUUUCUGUUAGUAUCGGCAAUACAAGGCUUCACUGCAGCCCCUAUUUACGUAUACAAAAAGUUAGACGAAGAGAAUUUAGGCGAUUGGAUUUGUGAUGCUUCACGGGUACCAUAUUUCUUUUGUGGACAUGUGAUGAAAAUUAGUUUACUGGUUAUUAGUUUUGACAGAAUGCUUGCUAUAAGGCAUCCGUUUCACUACGAGAAGCAUAUAAAUAAGAGAAAUACUCUGAUAUCGUUGGCAAUAUUAUGGCUUGUAACAUUAGCAGUUGACAUGGUACCUUUUGCAACUGAUGUGAAUACUGAAUCACAUUGUAAAUACAUUCCCACUCGAUCGUGGGGUCUUUGUGUGAUCAUAUUUUACAAUAUCAUACCCUUUAUUUUGAUGGCUAAUAAUUAUGGCUUAGUUUGGCUUGUAGCAGCCAAAGUUGCUAUAAAGGAUCGUGUUAGAGAAGAAAGUCUGAUGCAAAGUCAGAGGCAUGAUAUGAAUGAAAAGCAAUUUAAUAACAAAUCCAACCGAAGGAAAAAUCAAAGCCAAAUUAACAGAACGUCAAAUAUAAAGUUUGCUUUGGAAAUGAAGGCUACGAAGACAUCUCUAACAUUAAUAGCAGUUUACGUGUUCUGUUGGGGACCACUUGGUGUAUUUUACAUGAUUGAUCACUUUUGUUAUAACUGUUUAUCAGACGAUAGAUUAAGUGCAACAAGGACAUCAAUUAAGCUCUUAUGUUUUUCAUCUAGCUUAUUAGCUCCAAUAGUGUAUUGUUGGGCAAACAAUGGCUACAGAAAAGCCGCGAAAAGAGUCUGCACAAAGUGUUUCUUCAAGGAUAAAAAUCACUUCAACUCGUCUUUUGGCACAAGUACCGAGUUAACGCAUAUGAAGAAGGAAGACAGAGGUUAAUUUGAUAUGCGAUAGUUGUUUGAAAGCUAGUUGUAAAUAUAAUCAAAUAAAUACAAAUGGCACGCACGAAUCAAGACGUUGUCGUCUUUUUAUUACUUUCUACUUGUUGUUAAUUGUAAAAAUCUCCAUAGAAAAACUAUUCUAAGUUUCUUCCU